GCUCAAUAUAUGAAAUUUGACCAAUUACAUUUCUUACCUGACCGAGAUUUGAUAUGUUCUUGUUCUACGACUUGUAAAGCAUCACACAGUCAAUGCAUCAGGACAAGUUCCCUGAAUAGUAGCAACUAGAAGACCUAAAUUUGUUGGAUAAAGUAUAAUUUGAUCAUGGUCCCCUCUAUUUCACAUCAAUAUGCAGAAACAAUAGAUAGAUAAUGUAAGUAUUGUCUUCUCUUCUUGGCGAAAGAAACUCUCAAUUCUAGUGGGAAUGGCGACGGAAAAGGGGUUCAUUGUUUUGGCUUUAUUCUUAAUAUUCUCAUUCAUCAUGCCCUCCUCCACCAUUGCCAAAUCUCGUCGUCCCAUAACUGAUAUUGAGAUGAGGCAGAAGAAGAAUCAAUGCUACGAGGACAUUGAGAGUGGAUUAUGGGGUUGGCAGUGCAAGUCUUCCAUGAUAGCAAAGGAAAAUUGUGUUUUGAAAUGCCUUUCUCCUACUUGUUAUCAAAUCAUAUACCAGCCUGAUCCGCUCGAAGAAGGAGAAAAGGAUCUUAUUAGGGGACAAGAGUACAAGUACUGUAUGCACAAGCUAUCGUUGGGAGAGAGUCUUGAGGGUUUAAAGAGUUCGUUUGAGUAAUGAAUGACCAUCAGGGCUGCAUUGGGUUGCUGUGAAACAAGAUCACCAGGUGUUUGUAAAUUUGUAAGGAGGAAGAAAUGUGAAACAAAGGAUGUGUGGGGAUUUUGAUCUCAUCCUGUUGGUGUUUCAGAGUUGUUUUUAUUUGUGGAAAAAUAUUAGAUGGUGCUGCAAAUCAAAUCAGUUUGAGCAUAUGAUGAUCACUAAGUCCACCUUUGGACUUUGAUUGUUGUAAUAGUAAAAUGUACCUUUCUACAAUGAUAUGCCAUUUUUUCUUAGCUUUAGGCUUCUAUAUUUUAUGUUAUCUGGAAUGAAAGUUUUAAAUGGGUUGUUUUCAGAGGAAGAAAUAUUUUGUAUUUGCACUAAAUCUUAACGUUAGCACAGCUGUGUUGUAUUUGUGUAACAUGAAUAGUGCUAAUAUAUAUUUUUUCUUUUUAAAAAUGAUUAUAUAUAUAUUUUUCUAUUUUCUGGUU